AUGGCCGACACUUUUCCCUCGGACUACACAACUGCUGCAUCACGCCGUGUGGAGGAUGAGGAAGGGGAGCAGGCACGGAGAGCUACUCUUACUCAUGAGCUUUCUGAGCUAGAGCAUGAGCUACGCGAGGCGACGCAGCGCGUAGACGCGCUUCAGACAGGCAGCCAUGCGCUUGCGAUCGAGGUGGCAGAACUCGACCGUACACUGACUUCUAUCAGGAUCGAGGUGACUGCGGCUUGCCAGCAAAAGUCGGAAGCGGAAGCUCAAGUACAGCAGACGGAUCGUGGAAACGCGGUCUCCAUUAAACGCACCGAGGACAUUGAGGAGGAGGUGUGCGAAUACCGUACCCAAUGUGUUCAGCACCACCAGCAGCAAGUAGAGGAUCUUAUGCAGGCCGUGCAGACACAGCAGAGGCGUAACGCAACCCUUCGCCGAGAGUGGGAGGCUGCCGUUGCACGUGACACGAGAGAUGACUGCCAGGCUUCCGUUACUGAAACCCUACUGCUUCGCGUGCAGGAUGGCGCACGCCACUUGAAGCGAUGCCUGAUGUUGCAAUGUAGCCGCACAGUGGCGGAGAGUGCCCGUUUGUAUCUGACGGCAGCACGACAGCAGCGAGCCGAAGUCUUUGCCAAUGACAUGGCGGCCCGUGCAAGAACACUGGCGGAGCACCGAUCUCGUCGUGAGGCAGAGGCAGCCGCAUUUCACGACGUAUGUCGCCGCAACUUUCAAGAGCGUGCAGACACCGCCUUUGGUGCCAUCAAGGCGCUCAUCCAAACAGCACAACGUCUCCACAACACCGAGCGCCAUCAGCGUGUCGCCGACUUCCAGUGCCAGCUUGCUGCCAUGACAAAGCGAAGCCGCGAGAUGUUGGAGGAGCAGGUGCGCCGCCGACUGGAGCAGGAGUGUGCAAUCUCCAUCACACAGCAGGAUGCCGCCGCAAAGGAGUGGGCGGCGCGUCAAGAGGAUUUAGCCGGGCAAAUCCGCGCCUUUCGCUUGCGUGCAGAGAUGGAGGUUUCCGCGUUGCGCGAGAGCCACGGGAUGCAUCGUGAGCCCGUCAGGUUUCCGUCUCAGACACCAACUCGAAGCGCACUGGCGCAGGAAGUACUGCCCAGCGACUUGGACCGUGUGCGUCUUCGAAUGGAGCAACUCGCACUCUCGUUACGCGUGAAGCAGGAGCAGCAGUCGUACCUCUCAUCUCAACAGAUGUCCACCCACGCUGUCAACCACCGAGGCACUGGUGGCACCUACAGCUCUGGGAGCUCGCCCGCGUUUUCUUUUUCAGUGGAGCAAAUUAGCGAGGGAUGGCAACACUCGCUCCUCUUGCUGCAGCACAGUCGUGAGACACUUCGGCGGAGCAUCUCUGAACUCAAGGAGGUGAGCCAUGGCUGGGCCCCGCAGCUGCACCAACGUCGCACACAGGUCACUCAGCAGCGGGAACACGUCAAGGCUGUUCGCUCAGAAUGGGAGCAAGCGAUUCGUGGGAAGCUCUCGCGGUGCCUGACGUCAGCAAGCCCAGAGGUCCCUAACCACGUUGGCCUCACGACCGGCACUCUCAGCAACUUGAAGCGGCGUGUCGGAGACAUCCUGCAGGCGCAGCAAUCACUGCGUGCGGCACGUGCCAAUUUCACAGCGGAGCUCAGCAUGUGGUCACAGUCCCUUGGUGACUACCGCAUCGAGACCGAACGUCUUCUUGCGGACGUCUUUCAGCAGUUGGACCUACUCCGCGAAGGAAGUGGGCGAGUGGAGGUGGACCAAUUGGCGUUGCAAUCAUUUCAAGCGCAGCUCGACGUGCUUGGGCAGCACGUCACAGAGGAGGCAAACCGGCUGGCGCGCCGCAAGCAGCGUGUCGACGCUUUCGUGAAGAACCUACAAGCAGGUUCAUGUCGCUCACAUACCCUUCCAGGGAUGCUCAAUUCUCAAUGGCUGACGCGAAGGCACAAAGGAUCCUCGUUACAGGUGACAGAUAUCUUUAGCACACUCAACAAAACUUCGGCGAUUCGCGAUGCAGCUAGUCCUGCUGGUAUGACGACAGCGAGGUCUGAUGCGGACCACCAAAUGGAGCGUGCGAAGCAGAGAGCAAUGCCGCUAGCAGCGACAACGAAGGAAAUCCUUUCACCCCUCACACCCAAGAAGGCAUCCCCUGCGACUAAAGCCUCCUUUCUGAGGCAUGAAAGCAGCUCGACAAGUCACUGCGACAGCGACUGUGGGAAGGAAGGUUGGCGCGCUGCCACCACUGGUAUAACACUCACUGCGGGACCGGUCAUGUCGGACGUCUACAUGCUCGACAGCCACCUCCCGUCCACUACUGUUCCAGCGCUUGAUGGGAAUCAUGCUCGGCUCGCGGGCAUGAGCGACGGUGGACUCGGUGGUGGCGCAUACGUCUCCGACCCUCCCGCGGUGCAACACACGUCCGGCGCCGUCAAUGCCGAGACGGUGGCGGCAGAAACGGGGAAGCCGAUUUCUCGACCGAACUAG